AAUGAAUAUUGAUAAAGAUGAAGUUAACCUUGAAUUGAUUGAUACUUGUAGCGAUAUUCAAUGGGAUAAUAUCAAUCUGGAAGAAAUAGAUGGAUUUAUAAUCAUCUAUUGUAUAACUGAUGACGGUAGUAUAAAAGAGGCACAAGAGAUAAUUACGAGAAUAAAGGGGACAAAGCCCACUGAUAAUAUCCUACUAAUUGGAAACAAACUAGAUUUGAAUCAUUUGAGAAAAGUUUCAAUGUUGGACGGCAAAAAACUUUCGGAAAGUAUAAAUUGCCUCUUUAGAGAGCUUUCUGUAUCGGAGAGUUAUUCGUCAGUCAAAGAAGCAACAGAGAUAAUAGUUCGAAUGAUAAGGAAGCCAUUAAUGAACGUGACUCAAGAAAGGCGAUUACCAUCUAUAGCUACUCUUACUACUGUUAAAAGAGUAAUUAGACAAAAAAUAGCUCGAAGUCGAAGUGACAGCCUCUCUUACGAAAGUAUGAAUAAAUAG